GUUACACAUAGCAUGUGUGUAUGAUAAUAUAUUAUUGGUCAAUUUACGUCAUUUUUAAAAAUAAGACUCACGGUAGCAAUAAUAACAGCAUUAGAAAAUAUAGUAGAGAGAUUACCUUUUAUACCAGUAAAGUUCAAACAAAUCUCUCAUAUGCCAGUAGGAUUUUUUAAAGUACUAAUGAGAAUUUACAUUAACUCAAAGAGCUUCAUAAAAAUAACCAACUUCAUUUGUUAAUGUUCUUUAUUAUGUAUGGAAAAUCAGAGAAAUCACAUAAUGCACCAUUUUUCCAGGUGUCACCUAUAUCCUCUCAAUCAUUAUCUUCACCAUUGUCAUCGAAGAAGUCCAAUCAAACAAUAGUGAGUGCAAAAAAAUUACACAAUCCAUUGGAUAAUGAAAUCUUCCUAAUACAACCACCGAACACUACUGUUUGUAUUGGUGACAAUAAUCAUAAUAAAAACGAGGAUUUUCAACACACUGUAUGUCAAACAGUAAACAAGAAAAAUGAUAAGAGAAGCACUAAAGAGAAAAAUAAUGGUCGAAAAUCGUCUUUAUGUAGUCGACUUUUUCCUUGUUGCGUUAGUAAACAGUCUAAACCAGCAAAAAAUUCUUCUUUUUUUACUAGACCAAAUGAUAACGACGAUGAUUUUGACAAUACUGAUAAUCAUAAAGAUACUGGAAAUAAACAAAAACUAAUCACUGAGUCACCGUCUACAGAAGUUGAUUAUUUAGAUAAUUCAGAUGAAGCUACUUUAAGAUUAAAGGAUUCCUUUAGGACCUAUGAAGAACGUCAAAAAUAUAAAUCUAUCAUUCAGGAUGCUCCAUUGUAUCAAAUAUAUACAGAGAAGGCUUCAAUCAGUGAAUCAAGACGUGAUGCACAAAGACUUUUAGCUCUCGUUCAACCUGGCUCUUUGGAUAAUCCAUCAAAUAAUUUAAAAUUUGAUGAUGAAUUAUUUACUGCGAUAGAUGGUGAUGAAUCCGAUCCAAAUAAUCAGUAUUCACAAAAAGUACCUAGUAAUUUGAUAGAUAGUCAGGAAUCAUCGAUUCGUAUGAAAAAUUUUGAGCGAAGAGAUUUGCCAUUUCAUCCACAGAAUAGCUGCACUUCCUCAUUCAGAUCAAGGAAUAGUGACUCACUGAAAACCUCUUCAGUUAAGCGGGCUCAAUCAAAUUCUAAUGCUAGUGAAAGAAGUGGAAACCAAAACUUUAUUUCUAAGCCGCGAAGACAGACUCAAGAAGUUCAGAAUUUCGUGAAUGAAGUUGCUGGAAAUGGACCUAAUCGUGUACAGUGGUCUGAAAUGCCUCAAGUGAUCAGCACAGGUUUGGCCAGGGACCUACCUGAUUAUCAAAAAAAGUUGCAAGAGGCACUGUUUGAAGUUAUAACGUCAGAAGCAUCUUACUAUCGAACCCUGCAUAUUUUGAUAGAAAAGUUUUAUAAAGCUCAGUGUAUGCAGCCAGACUCUAAAACGUCUGUUAUAACAGCUAUUGAAAAACGACACUUAUUUUCAAACAUAUCGGAAAUAUUUUUCACUAGUGAAACAUUUCUUCGAGAUAUGGAAUUAUAUUUUAUUCAAAAUCCAUUGAUACCUCAAUUAUGUGAAAUUAUUUAUGAACAUACUGAGAAUCAUUUUGAAAAUUAUGUAAAAUAUGUACAAAAUCAAAUGUACCAAUUAAGAACAUUAACGAAAUUAUUAUCUUCUCCUGCUUUUGUAGAAGCUGUUCGCUUAAUACAGCAACAACCAAGCUGUGGAUUCCUAGAUCUUAAUUCCUUCCUAUUACUUCCAAUGCAACGUGUUACACGUUUACGUCUUUUAUUGACUGCUAUCUUACAUUAUGCUCCUAAAAACGGUGUUACAUAUCAAAGUGGUUUGGUAGCCCUUGCAUCUAUAGAAAAACUUAUAAGUAAAUGUGAUUCAGAAAAAGCUCGUAUGGAACAAAAAGAACGUCUUGUAGAAAUUUGUAGAAGAUUAGAAUACAAAUAUGAUGCAAAGUCCUUGGCUACGGAAAGUCGGACGCUUAUAAAAGAAGGUGAUCUACGUCUUUUAACAAUGACCAAUGUACAGGGUAGCGGAUUCCACCGUCGUUUCAGCAGUAUUCGUAAACCCAAAGCAACAAUAGCAACUCUAUUUCUAUUUAGUGAUUACUUAUUAAUUACCAAAAAGCGAAGUAAUCAGCAUUUGUUGGUUGAAGACAGUUGUUCGUUGAACUAUAUUCACGUGGAGGCCCAAAAUGCCUUACCGAAUUGUUUUAUCCACCACUUCUGCCGAUCUGGGGAUCCCAAAUUAAAUGCACAAUUAAAACAUGUGACUUAUGUAAAAACGUUGAGUCUUCCUAAACAAACUGCUACUGAAAAAGGCAACGUAAAUAAUCAAAAACCCCGAAAAUUUUCUACAGAUACAAAUAAUACAGCGGAUGUUGGGCUCAAUGUAUUUUCGUUUCUUUUAAUAAUAGAAGGCCCCGAUCAUCCACGUGUUCAAUACGUGUUCCAAGCAGAAACACUUUCGAAAAGAGAACGAUGGUUGGAUGGUCUUUCAUGUGGUCGUCAUGGUAUCCCUGAAAAUCUAGGUUCGGACAUCUGCGAAUGUCCUCAAGUACUCAUCACUAAAUCUUAUUCUGCUAUUGAAUGUGAUGAACUAGAAUUAAAAGAGGGAGAUCAAGUUAAUGUGCUUGUCAGCUUAUCAGAUGGUAUUCUUCAAUUAUUUUCACUUUAUUAUUUAUAUGACUACUUUUUUAAUAUUUUUAAUCACCAUUCACCAAAGCUGGUUUCUAGUUAUCUUUGUCGGAAAUGAUAAUAUAUGCUGAAGUUAAAAUAUAGUCGUUUUUUCAUGUGCACUCAUUUGUUGUCACAGCACUCUUGACAUUGCCUUAUGUAUUUAUUGUCAGACUAUGCGAAUUAAAUACCAUACUACGCAUGAACUUGAGCUUAGAUUCAUAUCCCAGCAAUUUACAAAUAAAUAAAUAAAUUGACAUGGUUUAUUCUUCUGUAGUUUGUCUUGUUAUUUCACCUUCAAAAGAUAGCUUCUGUUAGCAAUUUAUAAGACGUCAGUAGAAAGUUAAACCUCUAAAUUCGUCAGCACCUUGCACACACUGAUUAAUAACUCCGAAGCUUUUUGUUAUUUUCACAGAGAAAGCCUCGUAUUCUCAGUUACUUAGAGAUAUUGGUCAAGGUCUUAUUGUAAUGGAUGAAAAUACAUGUGGGAAUAACCAGUUGUGCCUUAAUAUAAAAUUACAGAGUUAUUUGGUCAAAUGUGAGAACCAUACAAUCAGCACUUCAUUUGCAAAUACUCCAUCAAUUGUCUCAAACUUCGUCAUUCCUUCAAUGACAUAACAAUUACUCUGUUUUCAUCCUCUUCCAUUCGAUCUUCCCAACAUUCUGCUGCCAGGCAUUCCACUUCUGACUGUUGUUAUAUACUACUUAUGUCAACAUAUGUAUCAUACAUCGAAGCUGAAUGUUUCAGAAAACAUUUUACGGUUUCUCAACUGAUUAGCCACUGAGAUCCAUCUGUUCAGCCUCAGUCAACGAACACUCAGUAUUGAUUCAAACCACUGAAUCAAAAAUAUAAUGGUCCACACUUCCGAGCAAACAACUUGGGUUAUUAGUGAUAUUUAUCUCACUAGCGAUUUGAUUAUAUAUCAGUAAUUUUGAAAUAAGAACUCCGUAAAUCAGCAUAAACAACUGCUUCCCAUGAGAAAAAUAUAUUAAUUAGUAUAAACUGCAUUGCAAUUGAUUGAUAACUUUAAAGUGGUGGAAUAAACAGUGUUUCUGAAGCUGAAUCCACACGUUAAGUGUUUGAAGAUAGUCGAUAGUAAAUCCUUGAUCCAGCUUUCGUGUUACAUGCUAUCCAUCAGAAAAGCGCACCUAUAGUCUUGAGGGGGCCAGUGGUCCAUACGGAACCUUAUCCCGUACUACCAAACCUGACAGUCAGAGACUAUAUCAGUGAGCUGUUCGAAGAGCGGCUGACUUUUUAUAGGACUGAGCUGUUUACAGUUGAUUGAUCUCUAGGUAGAAAUCAAUAUCACGUAUGUUCAAUCCUUAAAGUACUGAUGGAAAUCUAUCGAUAAACAUAUUUGCGACAAUGUAAGUUGACUUAUUCACUUAUUAACGUAAUUCAUUCCAAACUUGGUCUUCUUUACACUUGCAUUUACGUUUACAAAGAUUCUUGAACUUAACCUUGAUAUAAAACGCUAUGAGAUAAUUAUAAUAGACAACUUUUAAGGUUAACACAUUUAUUCCAAAAAGUAUUAACGAUCUGAAUUUGUUCAAAAGUCAUUAAGUGCAUUCAUGUCUCAACAUUUUCACUGGUUCUUAAAAACCUUUUUUUAUAACACACAUACUUUUAAGGAUCACCAAAACUUACACGACUUAAUUCACAGAAAUAUGGUCCUGAUACCCACUGCUUGAUAUUAUACCAGGAAAUUCAGCACCUCCUAUAAAAACUGUAACCGAAAUUAAUCUUAUAAAUGGGUAAACUCAUUACUUAAUUAGAGGAAAAAAUAUUUUAUUGUAAUUAUUUAUAUAAUAAUAUAGGACACUAGUAAAAGUUUGUAUUAUCUUGUUGCUGGUGGUUAACUGGACUCAGUGAUUUAGUGCAAAACGAAUAUGACUUGGAAUUGAUUUACACUGAGUUCUAGUCUCGGUGUGAAUAGCCCUGUUAUGUCCAGCUAAAAAAAUUACAGAUAGGAAGGAAUAUGCAUUCAAUAUUCCACUGCUAGCCACAAUCCCAAGAAUAUUAAUGGUGUAAGAGAUCGAUACACAUUUAGCAUUAAAGUUGCUGCAAGGAUCAUUAAAUAUUGGUCAAUAAUUUUCUCUAAAAGAAUAUGUAAUAAAUAUCAUAACUUUUCAAAAUAGCUCAAAAUAUUUUUAUUUUACAGGAAUAGUGAUCCUUAAAAGUACAUGUUAAAUACAUUUGACUGGAUUCCCUAAAUUUAUUUAUCUGAUGUCCUCAGAAGAGAACGAGAAUAACAUAAAUCUAAUCGUUACAUCGUUUUUUAAAUCCCUUAUAGGCUGGCUCAAAGGAGCAUUACCU